GAUUUUCGCGGCUCACAGAUUUCAAAAGCAAUUUCCACCGUUGAUCAGACGUGCCUAUCUCAAAACACCGAGUACCACUGUACCACCCUUCGACCUUAGAAAGUACAGAGUAUCUAAAAGCGGUUACCAGUCCAACAGUAAGAACCAAACCGAAGGAGAGAGAGAGAGAGAGAGAGAGAGAGAGAGAGAGAGAGAGAUAUGGAAAGAGAGAGAGAAAAGCAUGUGUACAUGGCGAAGUUGGCGGAGCAAGCAGAGAGAUACGAUGAGAUGGUGGAAUCAAUGAAGAGUGUUGCUAGAUUGGAUGUGGAAUUGACAGUGGAGGAGAGGAAUCUAGUGUCGGUUGGGUACAAGAAUGUAAUCGGGGCGAGGCGGGCCUCUUGGCGGAUCAUGUCAUCGAUCGAGCAGAAGGAAGAGACAAAGGGGAAUGAGCACCACGUCAGGAGGAUAAGGGAUUACAGGCAGAAGGUCGAGGAUGAACUCUCUAACAUCUGCAAUGACAUCUUGUCUGUCAUUGAUAAACACCUCCUUCCAUCUUCCACGACCGGAGAAUCUACCGUCUUUUACUACAAGAUGAAAGGGGAUUAUUAUCGAUACUUGGCUGAGUUUAAGACAGGAAAUGACCGUAAAGAAGCAGCAGAUAACUCUCUUAAGGCCUACCAAGCGGCUACUAAUACAGCAAGUACAGAUCUCCCACCAACUCAUCCUAUCAGGCUCGGCCUGGCUCUGAAUUUCUCUGUUUUCUACUAUGAGAUAUUGAAUUCCCCUGAGAGAGCAUGUCACCUGGCCAAACAAGCAUUCGACGAGGCCAUUGCGGAACUUGAUACACUCAAUGAAGAUUCCUACAAAGACAGCACCCUUAUAAUGCAGCUUCUCAGGGACAAUCUCACGUUAUGGACUUCAGAUUUGCCGGAUGAGGGUGGUGAGCAGUCCAAAGGCAAUGACCCUGAAUCAGAGAAGGACCAAUCCCUUUUCCAUUUGGUUGCUGGAGAGCACUAGAUUCGAGUCCAGUCAAUAAAAAGACUCACCUCCGAGUCAACCCAACCCAGCUGGACAUUGGGUAAGGUCGAGUUUUCAGGUCUCUGAACUAUCGUCUUUUUUUGAAGUAGCACAACGUAUCACUCUGCAUUCUGGGUGUCCUUUUUGUUUUUAAACCUUCCUAUAAUAUAGAGUGAUCCAUCCAUGCAUUGUUUUUGGAAUUGAUACCUAAUUUUGGUGAUAUAAUGGUACAAAUUGCUAUAUCAUAUGCACAAGAAGUAGAUAAUGUGGGUGUAUCCGUCAAUCAGGUUGGAUGUAAAAUGUGGCUGCAAUGCUUCUUUGUUUUAAAUCUUUCUUGCCUUCUCUUCUUCUUCUUCUUUUUUUUUUUUUUUU